AUGGCCUUCCUAACCGCCGCUGAAGUCGUCGCCCACCCGGCCUACCAGUCCCUGGACUGGAAACUGUCCCCGACGACAUCUGGCACAUGCCCCGUCGCUCAAACCCGCCGCGGAGGCCCUCUCAAUCUCUACUACCAGAUCCAUGGCACCGGUCCUACAAAGGUCGUCGUAAGUAUCCAUCCUCACCUUACUUUUUACGAAGGCAUUCUGACAGUACAGUUCAUCAUGGGCCUCAACGCCGUGCAUAGCGACUGGAAGCGCCAAACCAAGUUCUUCGGGCACACCCACGGAUCCAAAUACUCGGUGCUGGUCUUCGACAACCGCGGCGUGGGCAAAUCCGACAAACCGCUAUCCUACUACUCCACGUCCGAGAUGGCCCAAGACGCCGUCGACCUCCUCGUCGCCCUAAAAUGGCUUGACCCCUCUACACCGCCGACACGCGACAUCAACGUCAUCGGCGCAAGCAUGGGCGGGAUGAUCUCGCAGGAACUGGCGAUGCUGAUCCCCGAGCGACUGGCGAGCCUGACGCUGUGCUGUACGGCGCCGCGACUUGUGCGGACGGCGCCGUUCCUGGAGAACCUGCGCGAGCGCGCGGAGAUGUUCAUACCCAAGAAGAUGGAUGUGGAGCUUGAGCGGCUGGCGCAUUCGUUGUUCCCUGCGGAUUUCCUGGCGCUGCCGGAUGACGAGUUUGAUGAGCCCGAGAAGAACUUCCCGACGAAGCGCGAUCGGUUUGCGGCGGGGCGGUUGCGCAAGUUGGCGGAUCCGGAGGGGUUCACGAAGAUGGGGUUUAUAAUGCAGGUUGUUGCGUGCUAUUUUCAUCACAAGUCGCCGGCGCAGUUGAAGACCUUGGGGGAUCGAGUUGGGCGAGAGAGGAUUGCGGUGCUGCAUGGGACUGUGGAUCGAAUGUUGACGUUUCAUCAUGGCGAGCUGUUGAAUCGAGACUUGGGCGAGGGGAUUCUGUACAAGGUAUGGGAGGGGAGCGGGCAUAUGUUGCCGUGGGAGAAGGAGGAGGAGAUGAAUCAGUUGGUGGAAGAGCUUGUGCAGCGAUGCAAUUAG